AUGGAGGAGCCAGAGGCCUCGAGCGUGUCAAAUGCGACACCUACGCAACUGCCGACGAUAGAGAAUGAUGUUCAGGAUGAAAAUAGAGCAGCCGAGCCCGCGCCAAUGAAACCGAAGCGGCAUAGAGGUCGCCAGGCAAAGGAUCCUUUAGGACAGACCGUUCAGUUCAAAUGCAAUAAAGUCGAAGAUUUAGAAGAACAGCUACGGAACUAUCUUGCUAAUCCCACUGGUGAACAUGCACAUACCACUCUGGCGUUCUCGUUUCCGGUCACGACGGCAUUUCUCAUAGCACUGCGAGAGAAAAAAGGAAACAGGCCUUUGCACGACAAGACCCCCUAUUCGUACAGCCAUUUCAACAAGACGGCUGUCACGGUCAUCGACGCGUUACAGAACAUCCAGGACCCCAAAGAACAAAUGUUUACUCAGAAAGGCAUCUCUAAAACUCUGGUUGACGCGGUCCAGGAGGCCGACGGUUAUCAUUACAGCUUUCACAACCACUGGAUCAGCCGAGAGGACCAAGCAAGCAGGUUUUCUUACUUCUGUAAUGACUCGGUCUUGAACAAAGGUCGGGCUGCCAGUGAAGGAUUGUCCAAGGUCAAAGCAGGUAUUGUAGGGAAGAAACAGGUUUGGGAGUGCGAGGGAGUGCUGGCCAUCAAGUUCUCCUUGACGAAGAUGAGCCUGGAAUUGCACUACAAGCACAUCCCACUCCAUCCAACGUUUGAUGAACGAGCUCCACUGCCUCGAGCCGGCAGUAAACGUCGGAAACUGAUGGAAAUCUUCCACCCCGAGAAAUUAGAGCACCUCAGUCGAGGCCGGCCAAAAACAUAUCGACCACGUGCAAAAAAUGGCCGUCCCCAGGACCAAAAUAUUCCGGAACCUUUGCCUCAGCCCGCAAACGAGAACGAGACAGCUACAGAAGGUGGACGUGACCACAGCCUGCAACCGCUUUUCGAUUUUCUUGGCUCCGCAGAGCAAUCAGUUGGUGCUUCCCCUGGGUCGGUCGGCGAUCGAGCUGAGCAUGAUGCUGAAACAACACCAACAACGACAACAACACCUCAAGCCGACAACUGUAAUGAUGCUGGAAUUGUGGCAACCUCUGGAGAAGUAGAGGUAGCUUCGAGCAGUCAAGGCCGAUUCCCUGGCAUGGUGCCAGGUGUCAUGUCCGGUGUCGAGGACAUCAACCGGGGUCGCAUUUCAGGAGACUCAAAUAAAAAGAAAAGGAAGAAAAAUGCUCCCGCAAGCGCAAAUACGGAGCUAGAAGCGUUGAAAGCGAAAUUACUGGAAGCGGAGCAAAAGAUCCAGUAUCUGGAGGCCGAGAGAAAUCGUGCAGCAGCGCCUCUGACCUGGAUCAGAUCAUCUCAUUCGCCUUCGACACUUUUCCCGGAUUCAGCAGCACCGCCGCCGCCACAGCAACCACAGUAUCCGCAGGGGCUGCCUCCUCAUUCUCUUCAUCAAUGGCAAUCUCAACCCAAUUCCUCUGAUUUAUCAGCCACACCACAGAGUGAUUCUUUUCCACAUCGCUCACUGCCACCACAAAAUCCAGAGCCCACCGGGCCAUCACCUUCUUAUGAUCCCCCUCCUCCUCCGACUCUUCGGACACAUCCAGACAAUAUCCCGUUUUAUGGCUUCGUCCCAGUCAUUCGAAAUCCGAAUGAUCCGCCACCUCCACGAAGGCUGGAGCCGAAACUCUUGCCUGCCGGACAACUCCCGAUCCAGGGAGAGAGUUCUCCUCCUCAGUUCCACGUGGCGACGCAAACUUCAAUGGCAGAACAAUCUCGCAGUGGCUAG